CUUCCCCUCGGACCCCGUAACAGAACGGACGCUUUGAGAACUGUAUUUAUUCAUUUUACUUAAAAUAAAUUAAAAUUUUCAUAAAUUAAAUCAGUGCGAAAUAAUAGGAGCGCAGAAGUCGAAGAGUGCAAAAUGGAACCAGACGGACCCUAAUAGUGAGUGGCACAUCUUGACUUUAUGUAUUCGCCUCUUUGUCACCAUUGCCACGCCGAAUUACUAUAAAAAAAGAGACGAAACUAUUUCUGUGAUGCGCAGGAGCAAGGGGUCUCACUAGACUGGACGGAAAGAAAAUUUAUAUGAAUUCGUCGAUAGCGACCAGCUAACAUAGACCCAGGUAUCUCAGUAAACUGGACGGAAAGAAAUUUUGUAUGAAAUCAUCGAUAGGUACCAAUUAACUUAGACUCCUGAUAAGAAUUAAGAACUGCAUAGCUCAAGGCAUACUGGUUAUAUUAUAUUCGAUAAGUCAGAAACCUAAGUACUCUGAACCUCUGUACCUUCAUAUUUUUAUGCGAUCCUGGUACCUCUACUCCUCGACCUACACAACCGCUCAAAAUGUCACCACUAAAACGCACGCCGCCGCAAACUAAAUCGUCGUCAGCUUCGACUUUUGAAAUUCCUCAUACAGGUAAAAAAACUGCAGAGAUGGAAUCUGUACAGGCCCCGGGUGCAGUUGAUGAAUUGAAUAAUCCGGCCACGAACGAGCAUGAUUCCGCCCGACCGGGUACGGAAGGCACCUCUGACGAUACGACAUUCCAGCGGCGUUUCAAAAGAAAGUUCUAUGAAGACAGCAACUCUGGUAAUAUGGAAACAAUAAUGGGACAAAUGAGGAGCAUGUUCGACACCUUCUCACGUGAUCAGGCGGCCCGCUUCAAAGACCUGCAGGACUCAGUCUCGAAAAUUGAGAAACAAAAUGACGGGAUUUCAAAGACAGUAGACUUUUUGUCACAAAGAUAUGAUGAAAUACUUGAAACCGUUAAAGAGCUGAAAGAAGACAAAAUAAAGGAUAAAAAACAUAUCCAAGAGCUGGAGGAAAAAGUCGAGUUACUUGAAAGGAAAUUAAAAGGACCUGCUAUCGAAAUCAGAAAUCUACCAAAGCAGUUGACGGGAGACAAUCAACAUGAAACAAAAGAAAAAUUAUGUGAAAUAGUUAAGCACAUGGGACAAGCUAUUAAAGUGGAAAUAAAGGAUGCAGAUAUAAAAGAUAUAUUUACGAUCAAAUCCAAAGUGGAAGACAAGAAAACGAUGUUUGCUGAAUUCACAUCGGUUAUCAAAAAAGAACAGGUGGUAGACGCUGUUCUACAAUUUAACAAAGGCAAGAAAAAUUCAGAUAAGUUAAAUGGAAGCCACCUGAAGCUCAACGAUGCCAAAACUCCAAUCUACGUCUCGGAAGCCCUCACACGAAAUGGACAAAAGUUACUGUACGCAGCAAGACAGUUCGUCAAGAACCAUGGUUUAGUAUACGCAUGGUCAUACCGCGGUGCAAUUUACUUACGCAAGGCUGAAAAUCAGAAACCCAUAAAAAUUAAUAGUGAGGCCGAUCUUAAAAAUAUCUCUAUCCCGAAAUGACUAGUCUUUAAGUUACUAAUGUUAUUAUUUAAUUUGCCAAUAUAUAAUUGUACUAGUUUUAAGUCACACAAACAUUACUCACCUCUAUCCCAUAUGUAUGUAAUCACACUAUCUCUAAAAUGUUACACUUAUUUUUAUCAAUAUACACACACAUUAAUCCAUAGCCAUUCCACAUAUACAAAUACACAAUAUAAAGCCAUCGUUCCCACCUUUAUCAACAAUUAUGCAUCUUCUUAUAAAAGACACUUUGCCUUUUUUCUACAAAAGUGAAUGAAAUAAAUGAUAUUUUACAAGAUUUAGACCAUA